AUGGCACAAUCAAAUACAUCAUCCGGGCAAUCCUCAUCAGCUGCUCAACCUGCUGCACAACACCCAAAACUAUCGCUUUCCCUGGACCCGAUGAAAUACAUUUCAGAACUUCCGGAGUUUGGUGGUAAGUCGCACGAAUUAUUUAAUUUUAUAGGUUUAGUUGAAAAUAUAAUCCCAAUAGUUAGUAAAUAUGACGAAAAUGGUCAAAUAAUACUUUUAAAUAAAAUUAAAUCUAAGCUAGUAGGUAAAGCGAGGGAAAUAGUGGAAAUAAAUAACCACGUUUCAAUCUGGUCUGAAAUAAAAACAAUUUUAAUCAAUAAUUUUGGUGAAAAGAAAACGACAUUGCAAAUCUAUGAGGAAUUGCAAUGUGUAAAAUUUACUAGUACACCUGUUGACUUAUACAACCAGAUUAAGCACAUUUUACGCCGUUAUAGAAAUAAUAAUACCAAUACUUACACACGUAAUAAUAGCAAUACUACUGGUAAUAAUAACAACAAUAUUACCAGUUAUAAUAAUAAUUUUAUGCGUAAUGAUCGCAGUAGUAAUAAUAGAAAUUUUAACCGUAGUAAUAAUUAUACUAACUACAUUAAUUGUAAUAGUUACUAUGGUGGUAAUAAUUAUAAUCGUGGCAACAGCUAUUCUGAAUUCAGACAUCAUCGGGGUCUGAACAGUCAAAAUUACUCACCUGCUAAUUUUCACAAUUCUCGAUCUGAGCCCAUGGAUGUUGAUCCGUCUACCUCAAAUCAUAGAAUAAACACCAUAGAAAAACAAAAAAUCUCUGGAACACAUUUUCAAGACUCAAACGAGCCUAUAAAUCCAGUUGAAAAUUUUCAGUUGACUGCCUCGGGGGAGAACUUCCUUAUAUAA